AUGGGAUAUAAGGCUCACAAUCGAGUGUUUAACCAGGAACAAGAGCGUGAGCUAUCUAAAUAUUUAAUUAGAUGUGCAGAUAUAUAUUUUGGCCUAACUAAAAAGGAUGUUAUGAAAUUGGCAUACGAACUAACCGUCAAGUACAACUUAUCACGACCUCGGACUUGGGAUGACAAAAAAAUGGCUGGUGAAGAAUGGUUUCGCAUGUUUAUGAAAAGAAAUCCUGAACUGUCAGUACGUGUAGCUCAGGCUACAAGUCUUUCUAGGGCGACUAGCUUUAAUAGAAGUAACGUAGAUGCUUUCUAUGACAAUUUGGCUACUGUUAUGGAGCGUUAUAAAUUUGAACCACAAAAUAUAUAUAAUGUUGAUGAGACCAGCAUAACUACUGUGCAAAAGCCCGACAGAAUAGUUGCUAGACGGGGUGCUCGUCAAGUAGGUUCAGUGACAUCAGCCGAGAGGGGUACUUUAGUCACAGUAGCCUUUGCGGUGAAUGCCAUCGGAAAUGCUAUUCCGCCAUUCUUUGUCUUUCCGCGAGUGCGAUACCAAGAUCACUUUGUCAGGGAUGGGCCAAUAGGAUCUGCAGGAAGUGCAAAUCCUUCCGGCUGGAUGCAGGAUGAAACAUUUAUUCAUUUUCUGGAACACUUCAAAAAACAUACAAAUCCUUCUUCUUCACAUAAAGUUUUACUUGUGCUUGAUAACCACUAUUUCACAUAUUCACAUUAA